UUUUUUUUUUUUUUUUUUUAAUUUUGAGUGUAAAUAUUGGCUGUAUAUACUAAAGGGUGAGAUUGGUUUUUAUUGUUAUCGUUAUACUUUUCUUAUCUGAGAUGCAUUAAAAAUGCAGAAAUAUGGCAUGGCCUGAACUUUACACAUCAAACUUUAUAAAUAUUUUCAGCCUUAAAAAAAGAAAAAAGGUCAUUUGAGAAAACUGAGGAACUUUGACAUAGAAACUAUUGGAAGUGCACAGGACUCUUAUACAGCUAAUAGCAUCUUUUUAAUCAACCUGCCUGCAGUCCUCUUCAGUCAAGCAAUCCUAGGCAGUUGGCUGGUCGGAAAUCCGCCACUGCCUGAAACAGAAAAGAGAUGGAAGAUUUUUUUUAAGUGCAGGUGAAUGCAAGUCCGUUAUGGGAAAUGAUUCCUUCUUCACUAUUCCGGCUCCAGUGACUUUUCAUGAAUAUCAUGGAAGGAAUAUAAUUCUUUCCGAGAAUAACACUGUAGCUUACAGGAAAUCUGGAUAUGCUUAUGGAAUAACAUUUUCUAAGGAACCCCUUCUGCCUGGUGAAAUAUUUCUUUUAGAAAUUGAAAAAUUUGAGCAUGGGUGGAUUGGAAAUUUGAGAUGUGGUUUAACUCAAGAGAACCCUUCAACAAAUUUUGAACUACCUCAGUAUGCUCUGCCUGGGCUGGUGGAUGGAGGACAAAGUUGGAUAUUGCCAAUUAGUGCUGCUGAUAUGAACCUUUUUGAUCAUACAUGUAUAAAUAAAUUAUAUCCCGCAAUUUAUGAGAGUAAUAAUCAUAUACAUACUAGUAGGGGAAGUAUACCAACUAGUAUUUUGCUGCCAACACGUCAUAAAUUACCUAAUUUAUCUAACUCUGACGGUGAAGACUCGGUACAUAGCGUGUCAUCUCUUUUUUCCGAAGAAAGUUCGGAUGAAAACUACAAUGAAAAUGAGAAUAUGUAUCCAGCUGAUGUUGGAAGCCGUAUUGGUGUGACUUAUGUGAUACGAGAUAAUUUAGCUGAGAUGUACAUGUUAUUGAAUGGGAAUGUUUUUGGUCCCUGUGCUACGGGUAUUCCAUAUAGAAGUGGUCCAAUAUAUGCUGUCAUUGAUUUGUAUGGUACUACAAAGCAAGUUCGUAUUAUACAGACUUUUGGUAUUCCAUCUUUGAAAAUAGCCUGCAGAGAUAAAAUUUUGCAGCAGGUAUCUCAUUCCAGAGUCUUCCAUUUGCCUUUACCUAAAAGGUUAAUUCAAUUCUUAACUUACAGAUCAUGACAGUUGGCUUAUUAUUUGUUGCUAACAUGUUAACUUUCACAUUUGUGAGAUUUUGAAAUAUUUAUUUGUUGAAGCUCAUAUACUGUUAUACUUUAGGAAACAGAAGUGUUACUUAUCUUAUUGUUGAUUUGUCUUAAUUUUAUUUAAAUUAAUCAAAUGAAGAACGUGUAAGUUGUUGUUAUUUAUCUGAUAUGAGAAACUGCCUGAGAGAAAUAUGUAUGAACUGUACAAAUGUGUACAAAAGAAAAAGUUUUAGAUUUUUAUACUGGUUAAUUUUUUUGUGAAUUUAAAAUUGAUGAUAUAUAAUGUGCCUCAUCUCUAUCAGCAAUAAUCGUGCGAAAACCUUGUAUCAAAUGCCCUUAUAUAUGAAAAAUACUGCUGCAAUAAAUUAAUUUUCUCUAAUAAAAGUAAAAUGCCUUUCCAUAUUAUGAAUUUUCAGUGUUAAUAUCAUUAAACUGUGUUUGUCUUGUUCA